CACUCACACCUCCAGAGGCUUUCUCAUCGGUCGUGUCUGGUCCUGAUCAGAACCAGAGGUUCUGGUGACUUCGUUCAGCUCCAGGGAUCAAGCUGGCGGAGGACAAGACGCAGGAAGGAGACGCCGAGCGGGCGGUGCUCGUUCGGGUCGAGGUGGAGCAGGAGCUGCCCAUGUCGGUGACGCUGCCCAUCGAGGUGCAGGCCGGCUCGGCGCACCGACCCUUCCCCUUCCUGGACACCACGCUGGCAGACCUGGGCAUCCAGGAGUCGGACGUGAAGGAGCGGGUGGUGUGGGUGGACACCAAGAAGACGCAGGUGAAGAACAAAACGGGGAAGCUGAAGGAGAAAGAGACCACCGUCCUGGAGGUUCGAGUGAAAGCUCAGAAACCCGGAGACAAGCAGCUGCAGGAGGUGCUGUACAGCACGGAGGCCCACACCGACCGCUCCUUCUGCCGCACCGGGAUCAACAUUCAGCCCUGGAAGCAGAACCACGCAGAAACAAACGGACUCAAACCCGUGGAGAUAACCGUGGCGUUUGACCAGGAGAACCACCGGCCCGGACUUACCGAGGUCCAGGACCACUGAGAGAUCCGAGUCUGAAUCACCAACAGGAAGAAAACAAGACUUCCUGUUUGACUAAACCACAGCAGAAAAAUAAACGUUUAAUUUAUUUAAAAGCCUAAAAUAAUAACUGUUUGUGCAGCGAGGCCGACUGAGCUGCUGCUUUUGUACAAUUCUGUUUUAACUUUUUCUUUUACACUAAAAUGUUUAAAAUGUUUACAGAGGAGGUGAAGGAGUUUAUUUUAAUAACAAAAAUCUGAGUUUCUUAAGUUUAAUUCAGAGUUUUACACAAACCAGGUGAAAAAUCUGAACAA